AUGGAGGGUGGCAGCAGUUUGAAGAUUGGUAGUUCAUCCAUUGGGAGGGUGGAAAAUGAUGCGGGGAUCUUUUCAAACUCUUUCCACAGAGAGGAUGAUGAAGAGGCUCUCAAAUGGGCUGCCAUUCAGAAGCUUCCCACUGUUUCACGUUUGAGGAAGGCUUUGCUCACUUCAUCCGAAGGGGAAGUGAAUGAGAUUGAUGUGCACAAACUUGGGUUGCAAGAAAGGAGAGCUUUACUUGAAAGACUGGUGAGAACUGCUGAAGAGGACAAUGAGAAAUUUUUGCUCAAGCUCAGGAAUCGGAUUGAUAGAGUUGCAAUUGAACUUCCUACCAUAGAGGUUCGGUUUGAGAACUUGAACGUCGAAGCUGAAGUUCAUGCAGGAACUAGAGCUUUGCCUACCUUCACUAACUUCAUGGUUAAUAUAGUGGAGGGCCUGGUGAACUCUCUCCAUAUACUUCCAAGUAGAAGAAAAACUAUAAAUAUUCUACGGAAUGUUAGUGGAAUAAUAAAGCCUGGCAGAAUGACAUUGCUUUUAGGCCCUCCAAGUUCUGGAAAAACCACAUUCUUGUUGGCCCUGGCUAACAAACUUGAUCCUAAACUGAAGUUUUCUGGAAAGGUGACGUAUAAUGGUCAUGGAAUGAACGAGUUUGUACCCCAAAGAACUGCUGCUUAUGUCAAUCAAAAUGAUUAUCAUAUUGCAGAGUUGACAGUCAGAGAAACCUUGGCCUUCUCAGCAAGAGUCCAAGGAAUUGGAACUCAUUAUGAGUUGCUUGAAGAAUUGUCCAGAAGAGAAAAAGAGGCAAAUAUUAAGCCUGAUCCAGAUAUUGAUGUCUACAUGAAGGCUCUAGCAACUGAAGGCCAAAAGGAAAAUUUGAUAACAGAUUAUGUUCUAAGGAUUUUAGGACUGGAGAUCUGUGCUGAUAUUAUUGUAGGAAAUGCAAUGUUAAGAGGGAUCUCUGGUGGACAAAAGAAACGCCUUACAAUAGGAGAGAUGCUGGUUGGACCAGCUAAAGCUCUAUUCAUGGAUGAAAUAUCUACUGGUUUGGAUAGCUCAACAACCUUCCAAAUUGUGAAUUCACUCAAGCAAUUUGUUCACAUUCUCAAAGGAACCAUAGUCAUCUCACUUCUGCAGCCAACACCGGAGACUUACAACCUUUUUGAUGACGUUAUUCUACUCUCUGAUAAUCUUAUAGUAUACCAGGGUCCCCGCGAAUAUGUGCUUGAAUUUUUCGAAUCAAUGGGUUUUCAGUGUCCUGAGAGGAAAGGUGUUGCAGACUUUUUGCAAGAAGUAACAUCAAGGAAAGAUCAGGAGCAGUACUGGGGACACAAAGAUAAACCUUAUAGAUUUGUCACAGCCGAAGAGUUCUCAGAGGCACACAAGUCAUUUCAUGUUGGGAAAAGCCUUCGUGAAGAACUUGCUACUGUAUUUGACAAGUCCAAGAGCCACCCAGCUGCUUUGACAACCAAAAAGUAUGGAGUGGGAAAAUGGGAACUUAUAAAAGCUUGCUUAUCAAGAGAAUACUUACUUUUUAAGCGUAAUUCAUUUACCUACACCUUCAAGCUUGUCCAACUUGCUGCACAGGGAACUAUUACCAUGACAGUUUUUCUCCAGACUGGGAUGCACAGAGAUUCAGUGAUGGAUGGCGGCAUAUAUAUGGGUGCAUUGUUCUAUACCCUUGUCGCGAUUAUGUUCAAUGGAUUGAUUGAAGUUUCCAUGACUGUUUCAAGAUUUCCUGUUUUCUACAAGGAAAGGGAUAAUCUAUUUUUUCCUUCAUGGGCAUAUGCUCUUCCUGCAUGGAUCAUAAGAAUCCCCAUGACUUUUGUUGAAGUUGCUGUUUGGGUAUUCCUCACCUACUAUGUCAUUGGUUAUGAUCCAUACAUAGAAAGGCAAUACCUUAUUAUUGUACUAGUAAAGCAGAUGUCUUUGGGAUUAUACCGAUUUGUUGCAGCACUUGGGAAGGUGUCAACAGUAUCUCAAACACUUGCGUCGUUUACAAAUUCCAUCCUUCUUGUUACGAGUGGUUUUGUCCUAUCAAAAGGUGUCGAAGUUUUGAAAUCCCGGGGAUUUUUCACUGAGUCAUACUGGUACUGGAUAGGUGUUGGGGCUUUGAUUGGAUAUACAUUACUUUUCAACUUUGGCUACAUCUUUGCUCUUAUGUACUUGAGUUCACCCAAAAAGCACCAGGCUGUUAUAUCAGAGGAACCUCAAAACAAUGAGCAGAAUGGAGGUAGUGAGAAAGGAAUGAGCAAAUCUUCUCAUUCUUUACCCGCUAGAGGAAUGGUUCUUCCUUUUCAGCCACAUUCUAUCACCUUUGAUGAAGUAUCAUAUGCUGUGGACAUGCCAAAGGAAAUGAAGAACCAAGGUGUUGUUGAGGAUAAAUUGGUUAUUUUGAAGGGUGUCAGUGGAGCUUUCAGGCCAGGUGUUCUCACUGCUCUAAUGGGUAUCACUGGAGCAGGCAAAACAACACUGAUGGAUGUACUUGCUGGUAGAAAAAAUGGAGGAUAUAUUGGAGGGAACAUCACAAUCUCUGGAUAUCGGAAGAAGCAAGAAACAUUUGCAAGGAUUUCUGGAUACUGUGAGCAAAAUGACAUCCACUCUCCACAUGUUACUGUAUAUGAAUCCUUGCUCUAUUCAGCUUGGCUCCGAUUGCUCCCCGAUAUCAAUGCAGAAACCAGAAGGGUUGGUGGUCUGGAUCCUAUGCCUUUUACUGGUUUUAUUAAAGUUGUAGCUACAGGCUAA